GGAGUCGUCUCAAAGGCGAGAAGGCAGGUGACAAUCUAAGGUACAAAAUAAGCCCAUAGAAAUGCAUUGGCCUUAUUUUGGACAGAUUUUGGCGAAAGAGCAGCCUCUCGCUUCACUUCUUCCUCUCUGUGUAGAGAGCGUUGACGCAGCUGCAGGGACCAGCGGGACUUUUUCUCAACACAUUGCAGAGAGCUAUCCAUAAAGUCGCUGAUGAAGAAGAUGCCGCUUUUUGGCAACACCUUCAGUCCAAAGAAGACUCCUCCUCGCAAGUCUGUUUCGCUCUCCAAUCUGCACACGUUGGAUCGGUCUACAAGGGAAAUAGAGUUGGGUCUUGAGUAUGGAGCCCCUGUAAUGAACAUCGGGGGGCAAAGCUUGAAAUUUGAAGAGGGACAAUGGAUUGCAGAGUCCGGAUGGAAUGUAUCAGGGAAGGAGGUGCAGAGACUAAAAAAGAGGAACUUACAGCUUGAAGAGGAGAACAACUUACUAAGGCUGAAGAUUGACCUCCUGUUGGACAUGUUGUCGGAAACCACUGCAGAGACUCACCUGAUGGAAAAGGAGCUGGAAGAGGUGAAAAAUCACAGUCGAAGGAAGAAGUGAUGAAUAGAAAACUGAAGACGGGUUCCCAGUGACACCAGAAAAGGAAUGAAUUAAAAGGAAGGGGAUAGAUAAGGGAUGGUGAUGGAUGGCUGUGUUAGUGACCAACUGUAUGGACUGUAAAAUUAGAAUAAUUGUUAAAUGGAUUUGAAAUCAUUGAAGGUAUGAGAGUUUAAAUGUGCCCUGUCCUUUUAUAAAAAUGAAUUUCUUUGAUUCAUUAACUUUUGUAAGCAUUAUAUCAGUGCUGAACUAUUUUAGAAUACUAUGAUUUCUAUUCAACCCCCUGUAUGUGUGGUUUUGGCAGCUGUGUGUAUUUGAAUAUUUGUUUUCAUAUCCUUUCUACUUUAUUAAAAGAUCUUAACUACA